AUGGGAAACAACGUAUGCGCUCCAAGGGGACAAAAUGGCUAUAGCUGCGACUUCGAGAUUGUCAAGAGUAACUUCUUUGGAAACCUUUCGGCAAAUAACUUUGACUCUGGCAACGUCAGUGCCCUUGAAGAGAUGGAGCAAGUCGGAGCAGAUCCUGACAUUGCCGGGCCCGGCGUGAGUUCUUCACUUCCAUCUCUGCUACAAUUUGGCACUUAUGCUGACAAAACUAAGAUACUCCUCGCCGUAAUGAUGGCAUUUGUCGUGUCCAUUCUCAUUGCCUUUUUCAUCCACGUGUUGGACCUAGUGGAAAUUUGUUCAGGGCAAGUGUUACAUCCAGGCUGCCGAUGUUCGAGAUUCAAGGUACUAACAGGACCAUACAGGAGCAAACCAGCAAAGAGAGUCCACCAUAUUCUCAACAAGAUCCUGGUCUCGUGGAGUGAUCAGCAAAUUGUCCUUGGCAUUGCAAUUAGCACAGCUGCGCUUGAAGAGUGGUGCAGCUUCUCAACCUACCACCUCAACAUCAUCAAACACUGGCUGAUUCUCUCUUUCAUCACCCAUGUCAACGCCCUCCUUGUUCACUGCAAUUACUUCCAAAAGAAAAAGAUUGUGGCAACAACAUUGAGAGCUGGACUUAUCUCACUUCAUGUCAUCUUCACCGGUGUUGUGGUAUUCGGACAUGGACAAGCUGCCGAGAACAAAAUCCCCGAAAUCCACCAUCAAACGCCCCUGCAAAUCCUGCCAGCAAGCUGCUUCUUUGCAAACUCCACAAGACCCAGCCUCAUUCAACAAAUGCAUGUGAAAACGCCGGAAACCGAGACCAGUUCACUUUCGAGCAAGUCACUGUUCAUCUGGGGAAUUGUGCUGAUUGUUUGCAGCAAGCUGACACUGUUACGUCAUCUUUGCGCGACUGAGGAUAGGAAGAAGCGUCGUUUCAUGGUAUGGUGCAUUCGACUAGCCCUGCUUGGACUGAAUGUGGCACUGGGUGUAAUUGCAAUCACUGGUGUCCAAAGCAUUCGCAGCUGGAUGAGUGAUGAAGGCUUGAUCGAUAUUUCAGACGGCUCGGAGAGCGAGUAUUCUUACGGGCAGUACCUCUCAGCUUAUCUGGCAUUGUUUGCUGCCUUCCAGAUUGCUGAAAGCUUCUUUGGUAAGAAAGGCUCCCACCUGAACAAUAUGUUUUUUUUGUCUUAG